AAAUAAAAAAUCAACUUUCAAACAUCAAACAAUCGAUAUUUACGAAAAAAAAACAAUAUGUCAACAAAACCAAAACAUCCUGAUUUAGGCCCAAUUUGUGGUGGCUUAGCACCAGAAUCGUCCGAAAUCGAUGAUAAAAUCCGUGCAAUGGUGAAAAAAUUUCAGCCAAAAGUUGAGGAAAAAUUGGGCCGAAAAUUGAGCCGAUUUGAGCCGGUAAAAAUUCGUACACAAUUAGUUGCCGGUAUAAAUUAUUAUGUUAAAUGUCAUAUCGGUGAUGAUCAAUAUGUUCAUCUACGAAUCUAUGAACCAUUACCAUGUAUGGCUAAAGAACCAGAAUUGACAGCUAUUCAUCCGGAUAUUAAAAAAUUGGAUGAUCCAUUGGAAUAUUUUCAGGAAUAAUUUUUUUCUUUUUGAUUUUUUUCUUACUCAGUUUUGUU